GUACGAUCUUACGGAUGAUGUCACUCGAUCCUUGGUGGAAACCUAUCGAGAGGAUAAGUUCAUGUCUGAAAUCAUACGCAGACUCGAGGCAAAGGAUAAACAAACUUCAGCCGAGUUUGAGUUGGUCAAUGGCUUGCUGUUUCUCGAGAAGGAAGGGAAUAAACGUUUGUGUGUCCCUGAUAAAGAGUCUUUGCGUAGUCUGUUUCUAGGCGAGUGUCACGACGCCACCGGCCAUUUUGGGUACAAGAACACCGCAGCCAAUUUGCUGCAAAGGUUCUGGUGGCCCACGAUGUUAAAAGAUACUAGGCUGUACGUGGAAACUUGUCAAGUUUGCCAACGAGACAAGCCCCGUACUCAGGCUCCUCUUGGGCUGCUCAAGCCCCUUCCGAUUCCGGAAAGGCCGGGUGAAAGCUUGUCCAUGGACUUCAUGGAUACGCUGGUCACCAGCAAGAGUGGGAUGAGGCAGAUCUUCGUUAUCGUGGAUAGGCUUAGUAAGUAUGCUAGGUUAAUAGCCAUGCCGGAAACAGCGAAGACCGAGUAUGUAAUUAGGCUGUUCAAAGAGAACUGGGUGAGGGAUUUUGGAUUGCCAAAGUCUAUUGUAAGUGACAGGGAUGUCGGAUUUACAAGUGAGUUAUGGAAGGCCGCUGCAGCUGAACAGGGAACUCAACUGCAAAUGACUUCUGGAAACCAUCCAGAAGCAAACCGCCAGGCUGAACAGAUGAACCGCGCUGUUCAACACCUGUUGAGGCAUUACAUUAAGCCCAACCAGGUGGACUGGGACGAGAAGCUUGCUCUUGUCGCCAAUCUGUACAAUAACGCCGUACACAGCGCUACCGGAAAGGCCGGGCCACCAAAAUCGCUGGCGAAGUCGGCCAAUCGUGCGAUUGACUCCAAAGUGUCUGGUGGCGGGAGCAUCGUGGAACUCGCCAAGAAGCCGUACACGCAAGUGAGGAUCACUCGGUACGCAAAGAAGGUCCUUCCCCCGCGUGUGGACAAGCAAGUACCCCUCUUGGAUCCGGUAGUGAGAAGGCGCCAGAUUAGGAGAGGAGCAAUUCGCGUACUUGUCGCGAAACUCGGGGUCGGCUUGGUAGCCGUGGAUGAAGCUGUUCUGCAGGUCAUCGUCGAUCUCGAAGGUCGAGUAGCCCGCGGUACAAAGAUCUGGACGCCGUGAAAGAGCAUCUGCAAAACGGUUCGACUUCUCGAGAAUGUGAUCGGGAAAGAAGUCGAACUGGUCAAUGAAAGCCAUCCAUCGAG